AGUUCGUGCAUAUGCAAAAUUUUCAAUGGCUUUAUGAUGCUUCAUUUUAUCAAAAUAUCGAUAUUUUUAACCUGUAAAUAGCAGAUUUCUUCGAAUUUUCUUAAAGAUGGUGCGAUUUCUACACGGAACGAAUCAGACAGAAACUUCGUCCAGAAACAGCGCCAGUGUCUUGAUUCCCCAGAGGGAACGAAAAAAUGGCUGGACUUGUCCUUGGCAUCCGCUUCAAUUGAUCGCUUGGUUAUUUCUUAUUUUCUUCGCCGUCUCGUAUUUUGGUAUAUUCGCGUUUUACCUGCCCACCGAAUGGAGGCCAGCAGCUUUGAUUGUACCUGGUGGUCUUUAUAUURUACAUAUUGUUGCUCACACACUAGCACUUUCAAUUGAUCCAGCUGACCCUAACAUACGAGGAGGAGGGAAUGGGAAAGGGAUCUUUGACCGUAAYAUUCAUGCCCAYGUCAUAGAGAAUGAUCAUUGUCGCAUAUGUCAAGCAGAUGUGUACCCAAAGAGUAAACACUGUUCAACUUGUAACAAGUGUGUAGCUGAUUUUGAUCAUCACUGUAAAUGGUUAAACACCUGUGUAGGUGGUCGUAAUUAUAGGAUAUUUGUAGCUUGUAUUUCGUCAGCCUUUUUAGGUGCCUUAGUGAUGUUUGUUGUCACAAUUUAUUUACUUGUUAAUUGUUUUACUGACAAAGAAUCUCUUCUAAAAACGCAAUCGGAUGGCAAGUUUAAAUUAUUUGUACCAGUAUCUAAAACUGCGUUUAUUAUAUUUGUUGCUAUCAAUGGAGCCCUAUAUUUGUUAGCCAUUGGUCUAUUAGGACAUCURCUAGGAUUUCACUGUUAUUUAAUGUAUCUGAAUAUAAGUACCUAUGAAUAUAUUGUCAAUGCAAGAGACAAAAAAAGGAUCGAAGCUGAGACUGCUUGUGAAAGGGACACUCCAAUAAGUCUCAGACGGUUUAGGAAUAACAAAGUUCAGCCAUCUUCUGAUGGGAUGGAGAAUGGAGAAUUAAGUGGUGGGUCAUCUAAUCAAGAACACUCUACACCAUCAGUGCAGCAUUCAGAAUCCACUAUUAAAGUCAUGAAUGAAAUAAGUUCAAAGGCUGUUAAGCGUAAUUCAUCGAAUACAUUGCAUAACAACCACCGCAUAAGCUUAGAAGAAAAUCCAACAGAAAUGACAAUCCCACAAGAACAAUUAUCUUCAGAAUCACUUCGAGAAUCCUCAGGAAAMACUUUACCUGUUGUAACAGUACAUUCAGCUCUACCUCUAGAAAAACAAAGCCAUYUAAGGCUAGCAGCAAAAUCAAAGCAAGAUUCAAGUGAAAGCGAGGGUGAAGAACUACAACCUGUAAGCARGUUACCURCGCAUCCCAAGCAAAUGGAAAGUACAAUCACCAAUGUCACUAAUAAACAAGAGAAGAAAAAGAAGAAGAAAUCUCCACGUAGAGCUAAGAGUCCUGAGCUUCCACCAUUAAGACCAUUACCAACUUUGAGCACGUAUAGCAACUUACAGCCUUGAUGGUUGAAGUUAUCUCGAAAUACUGCCUUGCAGUCUAAACGCUAUUUAGUAUUAUAAAUAGAUGUAAAUAUCUGUAUGUAAAUAUUAAAUUCAAAAAUGUUAUUUAAGUAAAACUAAAUKAAUUAUGUACAUGUAAUUACAUUGUAAAUCUGAAUAGAAGUAUGAGGGAUUCAACACUUAAUGUACAAGGUACAUAGAUAUAUUUAUGCACAUAAAAAAUAUUCUUUUUGA